AUGGGCGGGUAUAGCCAGAGGCCGCAGCCAGACUCGCGUGGGCGCAGUGGGACCGGAAAAGGGCUGAGGGCGGAGGAGGAGGGGAACAGCCAACCAUCAAUCACGUGCGCGAAGCACACUGCCUGCUACCUGUGCAAUGGCUACUACGGACCUUGUUUUGAGGAACCUAUAUGCACCACUUGCCAUGCAUUCGUUUUUCCAGAAGACUUAAAUUUGUCUGCUCCUGCAGUUAUUAGUAAGAAAACAGACGAUGGAGACUCGGGGAACGAUGAGCCGAAUGACUACGGCACGGAGCAGCGGCAGAGCCAGCAGCAGCAGCAGCAGCCGCCGCCCCCACCACCUCCCCCCAUGCCGGCAUGCUGGCGGCCGGCGGGGUCUCCCCCCCCUCCGCCCCGGCGACACAACCGGCUGGCGGAGCAGGUAGACAAGCUGAGCGCGUCCCCUCGCGAGCCGGACGACUACGGCACGGAGCGCCAACAGCAAACGCCCCUCGUGCCGGCGUACCGGCGACAGGCGGGGUCUCCGCCCCGGCGGCACAACCGCCUGACGGAGCAGAUCCUCAAGCUGAGCACCCCCCGUGAGCCGGACAGACCAGGCUCCGGGAUGAUCGCCAGCCUUCCGCCCGAGGUGCUGCUGGUGGUGUUCUCGUACCUGGACGACCUCUCGCUGUGGAGCGUGGGCAACGUGUGCCGGCGCUGGAACCGGCUGCUGCGAACCCACGUCAGCGCGGAGCAGUGGCGGGGGUACACCAACAACCGCUGGCCGCUGUUCCGGCCGCUCUGCUUCGUCAGGGACUGGUUCAAGGUCUACACGCAGCUGGUAGAAAGUUGUCCAUGCAAAACCUGCCUGCAGCAGAUGGCAUUGCAGCAGAUACCAGCGGGCGAAGAGAACACUUGGAGGAAAAUUCGCUUGAGGAACGAGUUAAAAGUUGUCGCAGGUCCGCGGAGCGACCCGCCGGAGGGCAUCGAGGCAGUUCCCCUGGACGAGAACUACUGCCACUGGCAGGCGACCAUCACGGGCCCCGUGGGCAGCCCCUACGAGGGCGGCCUCUUCUUCCUGUACAUCCAGGUGCCCUACUCGUACCCGCUGUCGCCGCCCGUCGUGCGCUUCCUCACCCGUAUCUUCCACCCGAACGUGUCGCGGCACGGCGACGUGGGGAUCGACUCCCUCCAUCACAACUGGAGCCUGGCGCUCACCAUCUCCAAGGUCGUCAUCUCGGUGCAGAGCCUGCUCACCGACCCUUACUGCAAGGUGUGCAUGGAACCAGAAGUUGGCAAGCUGUACAUGGAGGAUCGUUGUAAAUUCAACAGCAUGGCCAGGGUGUGGACUUGGCGCUAUGCUAUGAUUGACAUCUUGCAGCCUCUGUAGAGGUGUUUAACUCAUUUCUUCUUAUAAAGAUAGUUAAGGGGGUGCCUCCCAUUUCAGGUCAUGAUUUUAUAUUUAUAUUAAUCACUGAUCAACUUUUAGACUUUUUCAAUUGUUUAACUUUCACGUAAUGAAAAAUAUAUACAGCACAUACAUUUUGCAUAAUUAGCUGCUAAAGUUACAUUUUUGACUUUUUUGGGUUGUACAAAUAAAGAGAAUUUAAUUUAUUGCAGAACUGAAACUUUUUAGGUUUAACUGCAAUGCCACUGGCUACUUCAUGAUAUGGUUUGCAUUUCUAUCACAGAAACUCAUUUCAUGUUUCUUGGCUGUCAAAAUCGUAACAAAUUUGAGAAUUUUGAAAUGCCAGGUAAAAUUAAUUAAUAUUUUCAAAAUAAGUCUACAAGUUUAUCUGUAAUUUCUGUAAAUAUAAAAUCUUGACCUGAAAUGGGAGGCACCCCCUUAAGGAGAACUGAGACACAAAAUAGGUACCUAAUGGUGUUCAGAAGAAUGCCUAUACAAUUUAAUAAGUUUUUUUUUGUACACAAAAAAAAGUGUUUUACAAUUAUUUCUGUUUUCAUUGUGUAAUACAGGUUCCAUAUUAUCUGUGCAGUGUGGAUGGAUUUACUCACUUUCUUGGAAUUGGAAGCAUAUGUGGAAUUAUUUGAAUUUCAGUUCUCAAUGUGUCGUCAGUAAGCAAUGUGAUCAGCUUUUCCCUUCCAUGUAUUGUACAUUCCUUAUGUUUGUCUUGUUUGAGAAUAAAGUUUGAGAAAAGGUA